AUGAUACUCACGUGGACUCUUCUCCCAGUCGUGGCCGUGGCUUGGCUGGCUCUCUAUCUUUGGCAAUGCUGGACAUCACCCGUGUCCAAGGUGCCUGGCACAACUCUCUCUCGGUUCACCUCAGCUCCUCUUCGCUGGCACGAGUUCCGUGCCAACCGAACCCUGUACAUCCACUCUUUGCAUCUCAAGUAUGGCCCUGUUGUCCGCCUGGCGCCUGGUGAGCUGUCGUUCACCUCGUAUGAGGCAGUCAAGGAGAUCUACGGAUCUUUUGGCAGUGGCUACGACAAGACGAAGUUCUACAACAUGUUCCGGGUCUUUGGUCGCAGAACGAUGUUUUCAACACUUGAAAAAAAUGAUCAUGCAAAGAGGAAACGCAUCAUCGCCGAUAGAUAUGCCAAUAGCAACGUCGUGAAGCCGGCGGCUGUCAGUGGCAUCGAGAGCCGAGCACUCGAAUUCACUCGCCAGUGUGAGGAAGCAUCUGGCUCCAGCGUGGAUAUUUACAUGAAACUACAUUCGUAUGCUUGUGACGGUGUUACUCACAACCUAUUUCACCCUUUUGGAAGCAAUUGCUUGCAGAAUGAGGAGGACCGAAUCAUGAUGCACCAGGCAACCAAUGACAACAGUCUUCAAAGUCGACUUCUCCAGCAUCAUUACCCAGUCAUCUACACAUACAUGUCCCGGAUUAUCGACUUAUUUCUCGAACCGCGUGCCACACCCCUCGCCAACGCAUUCAUCAACGAGAAGAGCAACGCGACGGAUCCAGCGCCCUUCACUCUUCUCAGCCGACUUCAAGAAAAGAUUGGUUCUGACUUGGAUGUGACUGACAUCGCCGCAGAGUGUCAGGAUCACAUGGUGGCUGGGAUCGACACCACUGGCGAUGCACUCUGCUUUCUGAUGUGGCAAUUGUCUCUGCCGGAGUCAGCCCAUAUUAUGCAGGACCUCCAGAAAGAACUCCGGACAAAUUGCGACACCAACUUCGACAAGCUUCCAUUCCUUGACGCCGUCGUCCAAGAAGGCCUGCGCUGCUUCCCCGCCAUUCCCAUGUCUCUCCCUCGCCAUGUCCCUCAAGAUGGGAGAAACAUCGACGGGUACUUCAUCCCACAGGGUACAAUCGUCAGCAGCCAGGCGUACUCUGUGAACAGGUACAAUUCCGACGUAUUCCCUGACCCAGACCGGUUUAACCCUUAUCGAUGGAUGGAGCAGGAAGGAGACGCUGAGAGGAGGCGGCUCAUGUUCUCCUUCUCUCACGGUGGGAGGGGUUGUGUUGGCAAGCAUCUGGCGUUCUUGGAGAUGAAGCUUCUCCUCCGACAUGUCUAUGUCAAGUUCACGACGGUUCCGGACCCCGCCAUGACCCGCGAAUCCAUGGUUUUCCAUGACCAGAUUAUUUCCUCGAGGCCUCUGGGUCAGAAUUGCCUUCUCAGAUUUGUACCAAUCGCAGAGGACUAG